GUUGUCAUCAUAUGGCUGUGGCUGUCAACAAUUGCCAUGGUUUGAACAAUUCCACACCUGUUGUCCAGAGUUAGCAGAUUGUGUGCUCAAAAAUCAUGAAUCUGCAAUGUACACUGAAUAAUGGAGAAACAUGAUGUAUACAUUGAUGCCAAUGGAAUUCAACAUAAUGUUAUUAUUGCCCCCAUAGCAGAGUGGAACAGUGGCUCGAGAGUGGCCUUUGAUGUUGUUGUCAAUGCUGAUACAGAAUUUAAGACUGAAUGUAAUGAAGAAUCUGCAGCUUCAGAGUUGUCAUUUGGCACAUAUUAUGCAGAACAUGUGGAGGGUAUUAGAUGUCAUGUGAAUGAGCACUCAGUUACAGACACAUCAGCUGUGAAAUGUUCAGAAGAAGAGAAAGGGACUAUUACAACACAUCCUCAUGAUAUCAUCAAACACACUGUCAUUCCAGAAGUUCAUGCCUCUGCUGUAAAAAAGAUACCCAAAAUGGAUAAAAAUAAUCUCAAGGAUAUGAAAUCAAUUCAGCACUCUGAAUUUUUGCAAGAUACUGACACAUGCAAUGUACGCUCUGUUGAAAAAGAUGCACUUUUGACACAAAUACAUUCGUAUGUCAGAAAGAAGGUCGAAGCUGCCGAUAAGGAUCGUUCUUAUAAUUCACCUAAAAGUUUUUCAUUUUCUGGCUUCAAUGAAAACUGUGCCCAGAUUCCUGAGCAGUCUCACUAUAAUUCAAGGGUGAAUUGUGGUGUUAAAAAUACAGAGAGCAGUGGCAGUAUUGCCAUGCCACUGCAUAAUUGUGAACUAAAAAAUACUUCAAAUAUUGGGGUCAUGCAUAAUAUUGAAACAAACUCCAAUCGUGAUGGUAGUGGUGACAAUCUUAUUGCAUGGGAACCAGCUAAAAGGUGCUUUGAUAAUAUAUCACUUUCAUCAUCUCAUUUUGAUGCUGACUCAAAUUGUUCUGAUCUAGUAGACACUGUGUCCAGUGUGUCAGAUGUAAGUGGCUAUGAAGAAGAAAUAUUUCGCAUUAAGCGCUUGCUACUUCAGGACCCUUCGGUACUGCCAUUAAAAAAGCAGAAUUCAAGAAAGAACUCUAGGGACCAUGGAAUGAGACUAAACAAGUGUGAAUUAUUUGUCCCUUCAGAGAGUACAAACAAAGAUCCACAUAACAGGAAUGUAUGUGAUAUUUAUCCAAGUAAAGAAAGAAGUGAUGUCCUAAAAAAAUCAGAAAGUGAACUAGCCAUAAAAUGGCAAGAAAAGUGCCAAGAGGCACUUAGACAGAAAGCACAUGUUGAAGGGCGGCUUGAAAGUCUUCUUAAGGAAAUUGAAAUAUUACGUAAAGAAAAGCAGGAUGCUAGUAAUAAAGUAAAGCUUUUAGAGAGUGAGGCAAAAUCAAGCAAAGCAUCAGAACUUACAUCCCUCUUCAGAGAGUCUGAAAAUUUGUACCUUGAAAAUAAUCAACUUCAGAAGCUUCUGAGAGAGAAAAACAAAGAGAACUUAGAGUUAAAAUCUAUUGUAGAUUUGUCUGUUGCUGAGAAAAAUAAGCUCAAGGACGAAAUGAAAAGCAUGGAAUCCAUUAAUGAAAAACUGCGUAUCGAGUUGCAGGAGCUUCAAGUGGAACUGGAGUCUAAGAUUGGAUCAGUUACUGGUUUAAAAUCAAAGAUUACAGAUUUGCACAUGGAAUGUCAGUCACUUCUUCAAGGAAAGAUGAAAGCUGAAAACAGUGUUACAACUCUGAAAAAUGAUUUGAUUUCUUCCCAGAAAUUAACUGCUUGGUACCGUGAUCAGCUGCACCUUAGCCAGGCUGCAAGAACGAAAGUACAACAGGACCUAAUGGCGUCUCAAACAAACUUGAUGUCUUACUCACAAGCUGUUGAAAAGUUAAGAGCAGAAAAAUCCCAGCUGCAAAAUUUGGUAGAUGAUUUGGAGCAGAAGAUGGUUAGGGAAAAACAGAACCUGGUCCGGAAACUUGAAGUUAUCCAAGCAGAAAUGUUCAGUCGAGAAGCAGUCCUUUUGAGUCAGGUUCACCCUGAUGGUAAUAGUGAAGGAAUUGCUUCAAAAGACCUUAAAAGUCUUGAGACUACAUCACUUCUAGAAAAUCCUGCAGAUAAAGUAUCUGAACUAGAACAGCAGGUAGAUGAGCUCAAGAAAGACAUUAUACAUCGAGACAACAGGAUUACGCAGUUAGAAGAGGAAAAUGCUGGUCUUUUAAUUAAAGCAAAUGAGUUACAAAUAAUCAUAAAUGAAAAAAAUGCAUGUCAACAAAACAUAGAAAACAAAUAUGGCCAUCUUGAAAUGUCAAACCAACAUCUUAAGGAUGCUUUAAAAACAACAGAACAACAGUUAAUGGAUAUUAAAAAUGAAAAAAUUGCCUUAGAGGUCACUCUUUCUGCAGCCUUGAGGGAGAAAGCCGAAAUAGAUUCAUCAAUCAAACAACUGCGUGAGGACAUUUCAUGUAUUCAGCACAGUUACACUGCAAUGAAAACAAAAUUGCUCGAAAAAGAGAAUGAAAUAAUUGACAUGAAAGAAAAACUUGAAGAGAGUAAGAGAAUUUAUACAAUGAAAGAACAUGUACAAGAUGAACAGACAAACAAUUUAAACUGUAAACAAAAUAGCACCACUGAAUUUAAUAAUGUGGAACAGGAGCUUCAUGAUUUGAAGAAUGAAAACCUCAAACUUAAAGAUCACGUUUUUGAGUUGCAGAAUUCUUUAUCAAUAGCUCAGUCUAAUGACUCUGAGUUACAAGAAGUUCUUAAGUCACGCGAAGAAGAACUGCAUACCCUUUCUGCUCACCUUGAAACAAUCAGGGAAGAGGUAGACUCUAGGAAUAAAGGCAUGUUGGAGCUAAAGGAAAGACUACAGGCAGUUGAGGAAACAAAUUUUAAUAUGAAAAAAGAACUGGAAGACAGAACAAAUCAGAAUUGUUCACUGUUGAAAGAAGUAGAUUUAUCUAGAUUCCAUCUCCUACAGACAGUUGUGAUACUAGAGCAUAUAAAUCACAGAGCACAUGAAAGAAAGGAAGAGAUUAACAGCAAAUUUGAAAACAUAAUUAAAUAUGUUGAGGGACUUAACUGUGAGCCAGAAAUAUCUCCUGUUCAAAUAACAUCAACUCUUACUGAUUGGCUGGAGUCAGGACUGCAGAUGUUUCUUGAAAAGUGUAAUAAUUGUGAGCCUGAAGCCUCACAUAUUGAUAAUAAGUGUCAAGAGAAAGAAUGUAAUGAGGAAAACUUCUUAGCUACCUGGGUAUUUAAACUGGUAAAAGUGACUGCAGUUCUUAAAUUCUUAUCAGACUACAGACAAAAUUUACUAUUAGAAGCAGAAAAAUUAAUGCCAUUGAGGAAUUGUGUGGAAGAAGAAAUUGGAGAACUAAAUAUAAAUGUUUUUCAGAAUUCAUUGUGCAGUGCAAAGGGGUUUAAACUGGUAGGUAAGCCACAAAGUGAUGUGCUUAGUACAACAAAAAAUAAAAAUGUAUGCAACUUUUGCAAACAAUAUGACAGAGAGUGUGUUCAGUAUAGGAAAGAGAUUGAAACUUUAAGAUGUCAGAAGACAAAACUGGAAUCUGAACUUCAUGAAAAAUACAGGCGUUAUGAAUUAAACACAAGAAUUUUACUGAAGAAAGUGAAAGAACAUUUAAGAUGUCGCAAAACAGCGGAGAGACAACUUCAGCUUUUUCAAAUGCAGAUAGGCAUACACAAAGAUGAAUUAUGCAAAGAUGAAUCUGAUGCUGCUACACUUCAGGCAAAAAUUAAAAAGCUAGAAAUUGAGUUAGAGAGCAGCUACAAACAGUUAGAGCAACAGAAAAAUUUAGCAGAAAAAUAUCAGAAUAAUUUGUUGGAACUCGAAAGGUAUAAAGGUAAAUUGGAGCAGCAGCAGAGUAUGAUACAACAAACAAUAAAUGUCAGUGACAUUGAAAUUCCUACGGUAAUUGGCCAGCUUGAUGAAAAAGCUAAGGAAAUGAAAUAUCAACAAGCACUUGCUCGAUUACAGGAGGCUGAACAACAAGCUGAUCAUUAUCUGAAAACAAUUGAAGAAUUAAAAAGAGAGAUAUUUCUCCAGAAAACUGAAAAUUCACAGCUGAGGAAAGAGUUGAAGAACUUGGAUGUGGAUUUAACCAAUGCCCAUUCCAAAUUAGAAAGAAAGUCAUCAGAACUAAUGCAUGUAGAAUCCCUAUAUGAUGAAUUAACUAACAGCAAUUCUCGCCUGCAAGAACAACUGCAUGCUGAACAGAAGAGAAUUGAGAAUUAUCAAGAGGAACUGGCUAAAGUGAAAAUGGAAUUGGAAGAGGCCAGAGCAAAAGAUCCAAUUUUGGAAGACCAGAUAAAGACUUUGAGUUAUCAUCUGCAUCAAAGAACACAGGAAAUUUCUGAUUUGAAAGAAAGAGCAGCUAUUGACAAGGAAAACUGGGAAGCACUUGAGAAUGGAUUUACAAGAAAAAUUGAGGUUCUUUAUAAUGAGUUAUCUGAACUAAGAAAAGAAACAGAUAUGAUACAUCGAGAUAAGUUACGCCUGCAGACUCACUCAUCAGAACUAAAGCUAGCAUUGCAGUCAGUCAUAAAACAAAAUGAAGUUCUGAAAAAGGAGUUUAUUUCUUUUCAUAGUAAGGCAAAAGACAAGAUCCACACCGUGAUACCGAGUAUCUCACCACCUCCAGCAAUUCAUAAUGAGGCACAAAUUCAAGAUCUUUUAUAUCAGAGCUCAAUAUUACAGGAAAACAAGCCCCUAAAUAACUUGCAAUGUUGUCUUGAAUCACUAAAGCAAGAAAUGACAAUGUUGCAGGAGCAACUGGCUGCCAGAACAUCACAAGAUACCAAUCAAAAUAUCACAGCAUUGCAGUCAGAACAAACUAGUGUGAAAACUGUUUGAAUUAUUUUGCAGCUUUCAUACUCUAAAUUGUUAAACUGCACUGUGCUUUAUACCAGUUAUGAAAUAUUUGCUGUGAGUUUCCCAUUUAAUGGGAAUAUGUGAACAGUAGAUAUAUCUGUGUCACCAUGACAGAUAGUGUCAAUAACAUCAAAUACAUUAAUAAAAUAUGGAACUGUGAUAGGAUAGUCUCAGAUUUUAGCUAUUCAUAAAGGCAGUGGCUGUCAAAACUAUGUUAGGCUAAGAUAUUCAGUAUUAUUUGAUAAAACUGUAAUUGUAAUAAUCAAAAAAUAAGAAAGAUGGGAAAAAUCCGCAAUAUUCAAAGUGUUAAUUUAAGUAUUAUUCCUCAGUAUUGCAGGAGUAAUAUUUUAUGUAUUAAUUUAAGUAUUAUUCCUCAGUAUUGUAGGAACAGUUUGGAUCAUGAAAUAGGUUCAAGGGAUUCUCAAUUAAGACAAGUUUCUAUAUAACAAUUAUUCAUGAAGUUAUCGAAUACUAUGCAGUGCAAAAAAUACAGAAUGCAGAAAAAAUAUUAUUAGAGUUUGCAGAAUGCUUUCAAAGCAAAUCUGGGAAACAGGUGGCAUAGAGCUGAAACUGGAACGUGUAUAGCUGGAGCUGUCUUACAGAAAAAUCAGAAUAAUUUUAAGCAGAAAUAAAUAUUAAAUAUGGUUUUUGAUUUAAGCAUUUAAAUUCAAAACCUUGCAGAUCAGGAUAAGUCUAAACCAAGUUCUGUUUAUUGUAAUAAUUUGACCUUAGUAGAUUGGUCAGUCUAUGAAAGAAACCAUACAUUUGGACAUAGUCCAGAGGAGUAACAGUGCACUGGUUAUACAACUGGGCACCUAUGACAUUCUAGAUCACAAUAACAUUUUGUUAAUGACUAGCUUUAAAUGUAGAAGUCAUCUUUAGAAAAUGAGCACCAUCUGGCUACUGCAGGAGGCUCACUGGAUGCUCAUGUGGCAACCAGAUCAUGAAUCGCAUGAUCAUGCUGCCAUGUGAGCAUCCAAGGAGUCACCAACAGCAGCCAGAUGGUGAUAAUUUUCUGAAGAUGACUUCUACAUAAAGUCAAAACUGAUACUUAAUAAAAUAUUAUUGUGAUCUAGACUUGUUUUAACCCAGUAUGAAAGAAACCAUCAACAAAUGGUGACUGUUUCUCUGGUCUACUGAUCAGCAUAGCUGGCAAGUAACGUGGAAUUCCUGGAUUCAACUCCCAAUGACCAUCUCAGAUUUUUCUGUGGUGGGGAGGUCUGGAACAAGGUACUCUAAACAUCUUGAGACUGAAUGAGAAGCAGUUGGAAUACAUAAGUUGCAAAACUGACAAGUAGGCGACUGAAGUGAUGUCAAAUUGAAGGCACAUGGCAGGCUUAGAUCCACACAUCAGUUAUUUAUUUCAUCAAUAAAAGA